AUGAAGAGCUCCUUACGUGGUCCAUUUCUUUUUAUUCUUGGUGUUACUUUCUCCGGAUUCUUGUUCUCUUUACAUUACACUAGAAAUAGAGAUUAUCAGGCACCCAUUACUAUUCCUCGAUUAGAAAUUGGAACUGAAGAGCUGAAGGAGAAAAGUCAAGUUCUUCAAUCAAGAGUGAUAUCGUCAACAUCAAAAUCAAAACUGCCACCUCACGCUGCUCCAGAAGCCGUGAAGGAUAAGGAGCAAGGAGAAUGUGACUGUGUAUCUCAAAAGACUGGAAAAGUUCAUAACUUCUGUUAUAUGGAUCCACAGAAUUUGACAUCAAUUGGCAAGAAGUUCAGCUGUAAUCAUUUGGCAAUUCUAGAGAGAUUGAAACUUGUCGAUAACCCUGGACCGUUUGUGGAUCUCUCGAAAUCAUCCGAAAACUCAAAAGAAAUAGUUUUCGUUUCUGCUGUAUCUGAUAAUCAUUUCAAUGAGGCCACCGCUUCGAUUUCCGCUUUCUACAAAUUCAACCCAAAUCGAAAAUUUAUUUUGUACAGUCUUGGUCUCGGAGAUCUCUAUAUAAAAAAUAUCAAAAGAGACUUCAAAAACUUAGAAGUCCGAAUUUUCGACACAUCUGGAUAUCCGGAUUACGCAAGAAACUGGAUGGAAUACCGAUUCAAACCACUGAUUUUGGCAGAAGUGAUGACUGAAUUCUCGAAUAUUUGGUGGAUGGAUGCACAUAUUGUGGUUAAGAAACCGAAUAUGAUUGAUGUUCUUUAUAAAAAUAUUGAUGAGCAUGUUAAGAAAGCGGAUACCGAUAUUCCGGUGCCUUUGUAUUUCUUCAUUCAUUCCAGCCACAGUAAUUUUGCUACACUAUUCCCGCAAGUCUUGUCAUAUUUCCCAACGAAUUCAAUCGAUCUUCUGAAAAGUGAAAAACAAGGAGCACAACUCGGAGCCAAUACAUUUUAUGUUGCUAGAACUGAGUUUACAGUCGAAGUUUUCAAAUGGUGGAUUUUAUGUGCUCUGGACAAAACAUGUAUGGCUCCGCCGGGUGCUCAAGUGUAUUGUCAUUUUGGAACAAACAGAAAUACAGAGUUUGCUCAUUGUUUCAGAUUCGAUCAAUCCAUUUUGAACCUUUUGAUGCUCAAUACGUACCAAGAUCAUAAUAAGUAUUUCUCUAACCUCGGUUGGCUUUUUUAG